AUGACAGAUCCUAUUACAUUUGCGGUGUAAUCGGCUGGCCACAUCCUGUACAAAUUGUACAAACUAGGUGCGCUGAACAACUCAGUAUUAUAUGUGUGCGGUUUCUAGUGUGGAGACGCAUUGAACCAAUUCGUCGGGAUCCACGAAAAUAUAAGCAAAAAAUAAAAAAAAAGGAAUAGCAAAAGCGAGCGAGCAGGCACACGGCAAAGGGUGGCAUUUGACAUUGGCAAUGGGCAAACGACAGCGCAGCGACUACCGUGUGGACGGUGGUGCCUCCUCGACCGAAUCGAACGACGAAACGCUACUCGCCACCAAAAUGAACGGCGGCGAGAUGUGCACGCACAUACAGAAGUCCAUCGACCUGAACACGAUACGCAAACAGAUCAAAAGCAACGAGGAGUGGUGCAGAAGGACGUGCAGCAAGUGUGCGGACGAGCAGCAGGCGGCCCGCGGCGGCAGUUAUGUCAACGAGCCGCUGAAAACGCCGAACGAUAUCAACGGUGAUACCUCGCUGUGGUUCUGCCUCAAAUGUGGCACACAACUCUGUGGCCGGAACAAAAACCAGCACGCUUUGCAGCAUUAUGCAACGCCUCGCUCCGAUAUGCACGCCCUUGCAAUCAACACCACCACGCUGGAUGUGUGGUGCUACACCUGCAGCGUGCCGGUCGAUCCGUACGCCAAGCCGAAGCUGCUCGAUAUAGUCGAGUUUGUCAAGCGCGAAAUAGCGAAGGUGCGAGCGGCAGCCGCCCAUACCGACGCGCAAAUACAGAACGCGACCGAGUCCGUGCGCAACCUGGUGCUGGACGCGCUACAAUCAACCACAAACAGCUCGUUCGACGUGCCGGACGCGGCCAAGUUUAACUCCAGCGAUCAAACGUACGAGCAGAGCGCGCGCGGCAAGGGGCCCGAGGCGGCCGGACCGACCGCAUCGUCCUCCAGCCUCGUGCCGCACGCGACCAAAAGCCUCAUCGACGCGCUGCCGCGUGUGCGCGGCCUGUCCAAUCUCGGCAACACGUGCUUCUUCAACGCGGUCCUGCAGUGUCUCGCCCGCACACCCUACCUGUCCGACAUUCUGAAGCAGUCGGCGACCGAGGGCGAAAAGGUGCACAUACCGGGCGGGACGAUCAAGCUGCCGGACGGGACGGAGAUACUGGCGCCCCCGAUCGACGGCGUGCUGGACAACUGGCGCAGCCUCACCGAGGCGCUUACCGAGCUGCUGACCGACCUGCAGGCGAACGCGCCCGAAACGCUCUCCCCGAACCGGCUGCUGCAGGAGCUGACCAGCAAGUGGCCCCAGUUUGACGGGGGCGACCAGCACGACUCGCACGAGCUGCUGCGGCACCUGCUCGAGAGCGUGCGCACGGACGAUCUGCGGCGCUACCAGUCGCUGAUACUGCAAAAGCUCGGGCUGGAGUCGCGCAAGAGUCGGCAGAACACGGACGGCACGCAGCGCGCGCUGGCCAAGUACUACAACGAGCAGAUCUCGCAGUGGGUGUUCCGGCCGGAGCAGGUGUUCCGCGGCUCGCUCGUGUCGACCCUCACCUGCCAGGAUUGCCACCAUACCUCGUCGCAGCAUGAGUACUUUCUCGACAUUUCGCUGCCCGUGUGCGUGGAGAAGCCGCAGCCGCCCGUCCGGCGGCGCAGCAGCCCCGAGCCGGACGGGCCGGGCAUGACCGGGGUGUCGGCUGGGGCUAGGGGCACGGCAGCGGCAGGCACCGGCGGCCACACGGCGCUCUCCAAGGCGCCGAGCAAGAAGGAGCGCGAGCGGGAGAAAAAGGCCAAGCGAAUUGCCAAGCAUCAGAAGAAUCGAAUCAACCUGUCCUCGGUGGGAGGCGUUGUGGGGGGCAUUGGCACGACUGCCGCGGCGGAGCAGCCGGCCAGCGCCGGCGACGAGAGCGAAGCGAUGGCAAACAUGGUACCGCUGACGGAGGAUCACUCAUUCCAAUCGGAUUGCGCCAAGGGCAACGACGACGGCUCGUCGGACGAGUCGAGCGAACCGUCCGACGCGGACGUAGAGGACAACGACGUGACGGAUGACGCGCUAUCGAAGUGCGGUUCCGCGCCGGCGGUCGACCAGAACGGCAAUCAGCUGCGCUCGAUGCCGGAGAAGUCGGACGAUGCGCCCGAGAACAGCAACAAGGAGUCGGACGGGAGCAACAUCGUGUGCGAGGUCGGGAUCAGCGCUCAGCGGGCGGCCCACAUGGUGCGGCAGCUGUCCGGGGGCAAUGGCGGCAGCAGCGAAACGGACGAGGAAGCGAGCAGGCAGCGGCAGGGCGCGCGGGCCGGCGGUGCGGGCGACGUCGACACCUGCACCGGCGAGCCGAAGCGCGGCCGGCAGCGCACGUUCAGCCACGCGGACUGGAGCAACACGAUCGCGCCACGGUACCAGUGCGAGGACGGCGAGUACUCGGUGCAGUCCUGCUUCAACAACUUCACCGCGGUGGAGCUGAUGACCGGCAACAACAAGGUGUGCUGCGAGGCGUGCACGGAGCGCAUCAACGGCAAGGGCGGCCCGUCGGUCAACACGAACGCGACCAAGCAGUUCCUCAUCUCGCAACCGCCCGCCGUGCUGAUACUGCACCUGAAGCGCUUCCAGGUCGGGCUGCGCAGUGUGUUCAAAAAGCUGAACAAGCUGGUGUCCUUCCCGUUCGUGCUGGACAUUGCGCCGUUCUGCGGGUCGAAGGUGAAGCGGGCGUCGCACAUCCGCCCCGGGCAGAAAAAGAUCCUGUACGCGCUGUACGGGCUGGUGGAACACUCCGGCUCGAUGCACGGCGGCCACUAUGUCGCGUACGUGAAGGUGCGGCCGACCUUCGGCCCGGGCGAUCCGCGGUGGAAGUUCAUUCCGCAGGGCACGAAGGACGAGCUGGACCGCAAGUCCGAGCAGGAGAUGGCCAAAGAGCAGGCGAUGCGCAUGGGGCUGCACGUGCGGGACAGUGAUGAUUCGUUCAGCUCCUCGCACACGCCCAGCGACAACGACGAGUGCGGCCGCAAGCGGUCCCAGCCGCGGGACAGGCAGCCGCAGGACGAGCUGGAAGGUGCGGUCGGGUACGCCCACAAGCCACAAGCCCGGCCCGCGGCGGAGGAGGUGGAAACACCGCCCGGCAAAUGGUACUGCGUAUCGGACAGCUACGUGCGCGAGGUCACGGAGGAGAGCGUACUGAAGGUCCAGGCCUACCUGCUAUUCUAUGAGCGCAUAUUCUAACUGCUCUCGUCAUCCAUCCGAUCCGUGAUCUUUCUUGCAUUUCGUUACCCGCACAGAUGCAUGUUUACCGCCAGUCUCGUUACUAUGUUAUUACUCCCUAGGAUCUUCUACUCAGUGUAGAAGAAAUUUAUUUUUAUUCUUUUUUUUUUGGUCCGUAGUACACCGACAGCAAUCGUGAGCCGUUUACUCAAUUUUGAUGAGUGGUCAAUAAUUUAUAUUUUUUGCCAUCUAUUUUCAUGUUACUAUAGCGUCACAAUUUCUCGUAUAACAUUUUUAAAUUUGUACGUUUUGCUUGGCCGUGCGGCUUGAUGCGGCUAAAAUGAAGUUGUUAAAACAAAACAAAAAAUUCAAUGACUGUUGUAAAGGUAAACUUCAAAUCCUCUUCUCGAACAGCGUGUGUAUGAUAUAAAAUGUGUGGGUUGGUUACUCUUUGCUUCUCAGCUACUACUUUUGUGCUAAAGAACAAUAAACAACAACAACAACAAA